AUGGCAAGUAACUCGCGAGCCGGUUCUAUUGACUUGCGAAACAGAAACGUCCCGUUACGAUCAACUGGCGACGUUUCCAACCCAGCAGGCGACUCUCGUCAGAAUACGCCUGCUACGCAACCAAGCGAUCAUAAUGCCAAUCCUGAUAUCGGUGGGAAUUCUGACAACACUGUCGGCGGAAACAAUGACCGCCGGAGCGUCGCACCUGACAACCCUCCACCUGCAGGCGAAGACCCUCGCCUCGCAGGCUUGACUCAAGUCCAACGCUAUCGACUCCUAGAGCUUGAUGCUGAGAAGCAGCUAGUCGUCGAAAAACUCAAGCUGACCGAAAUGCAGAAUGUGCGAGGCCAUCGCCGCGAGCAUAGCGAUGAUCACUACCGUGAUUCGAGCCGCAAGAAGGCAAGCGUCAUCAAGGUGCCUGACACGCAGCACCUCAACAACUACAGUUCGACAGUCAUGUUUCUUCAAGACUGCGACGAUUUCAUCGCCUCGGCGCCUCGCAUCGAUUUCCGCACGGACGAAGAGAAGACUCGCUGGUCUUCUGCCCUCUUGGUGGAUGCUAAGAACCAGACCUGGAGGAAUACCAGGGAUGCGAUACUGCGCGACACCGGGGAACCUACCUGGGAGGAAUACAAAGGGUGGUGCUUGAACCAAGUUCGCAACCCAGCCGUCAAGUCUCAUGACGUGGGACGCCAGUUGGCCAAAGCGGUCAUGAGGGACGCGCAGUCGGUAGCCAGCUUCAAUGACUACCUCACCAUGCUCUGGUCGCAGCGAGACCGCUAUGUGACCGAUCUGGAACGCAUGGAAGCCCUGCGAGAUAGAGUGGUAGAGAAAAUUCCUCUGGAAGCCAUGAAGGAGGCUAUCCAACCUACCACCUAUGCUGCACUACUACAACAGUAUCAGGGUAGAGAGCAAAGGCUACGAAAAACGAAAGAGCUCCCUACUCUAGACAAGACUCGCUUUAGCGACAAGACAGCAAUCAGGGGAGCAGUGGUCAACAGCAUGCGAAGCCUAAGGUGCAGCAUGCGAACGGCCAACAAGAUCAAAAGAAGGGUUCGUCCUCUUCGGCGCCGCAAGGACAAAAGCCUGCGCGGACCAAACCCGAAGGUGACGACUCUCGUACCAAGCCUAAGACGCCCCUUGCUGAGAUACGAUGCUACGAUUGCGAGCAGCUGGGACAUUACAAGAAUUCUCCCGAAUAUCCAAACUACGUUGCGGGCAACGAAGCGCGCAAUCAUAGAUCAGGCAAGGGAAAAGGCAAAGCCUGAUGCUUACCGCUGCAGCAUUAGGCACGCCACCAACCAAGCGGCGACCUCGCUCUCUAUUGUUGAGAGGCGAAAUUACUACGCCGAGUGGGAAGCGUAA